UUCUUUUCGAAUUGUUAAGCAAACAUCAGCCACUUUCUAUAGACAUAGUAUAUCCAAUCAAAUAGAUCAAUAAUGGCAACAGUCGAUCUAAUCAUAGCCGCCGUUCAGGCUAUCUUGCAAGUCAUGACGGUCGUCUUCUUUGGCUUUAUCCUUACAAAGAGAGGGUAUUUUGAUAUGCCAAAGCAAAAGUGGCUGUCAAGACUGAAUCUCGUCUUUUUUACUCCUUGCCUCCUGUUUUCAAAUGUGGCCUCGAUUAUCUCAGUUGAAAAGCUUAUCGCGUUUUGGCCAAUCCCGGUAUUCUAUGCCGUCUUUAUCGUCAUAUCUUACAUAGCCAGCCAAACUACCACUCGGAUCAUGGGCAUGGAUGCUGGUUACAGGCGAUUUGUGCUCGCCUGCGUUCUAUUUUCGAACACAAAUUCUUUGCCUAUCGCCAUUAUCUCCAGUUUGGCUGUCUCGGAAGCCGCACAUAUUCUAUUCUGGACAGAAGGUGACACACCAGAAACUGUAGCUGCCAGAGGUAUUUCUUAUACUCUGUUCUUUGCUAUCUUUGGUAAUCUGGUUCGCUGGUCUUAUGGGUACAAUCUCUUGCCUAGAAUUCUUCGCCCAAACCACCGUACACCAAGCACAGCCACUCUUGCUAUCCAGAACGAGGACCGAAAUGGAGCAGGAUCAGUAUUAGGAAAAAAGAAUUCCAAAUAUGAUGCCAAUGACGACAAUAGCAAUGAAAGAACCGGCUUACUAUCCAACUCAAUCAACAUCCAACAACAAAAUGUUUCUGGCUUUGAUCGAUUUGACAGCUUUAUGUCGCCUCCUCUCUAUGCAGCCAUGCUUGCACUUAUCGUUGGCCUGACUCCUCUCAAACCACUUUUGUAUGCAAAGGACUCUUUCCUCUACCCUUCUUUCACAAAGGCAAUCGAGACCUGUGGAAAGGCAGCCGUGCCUCUGAUCCUGACCUGCUUGGGUGCUCAGCUUACCUGCAUCUCAGAAACUCAGCAUGAAACCUCGCCCGCAAUGAAAAAGCCUGUGGCAACGGCAAUUGGAGUGAGAAUGGUACUGAUGCCACUGCUGGUUAUCCCGGUCGUUGUGUUGUUUGUACUCUACGGAGCCCAGUGGUCCUCGCUCGCCAAGGACCCGGUGUUUAUUAUCAUGAUGAUCGUCUUGCCCAGCACUCCUACAGCAAUCAACCUUGUCCAGAUCACGCAGGUUAACAAUAUAUUUGAAGAAGAGAUGCUUCAUAUGCUUUUCUGGAGUUAUGGGGUUGUCUGUGUACCAGUCUGUACAGUGCUCGUAUUUGCUGCCCUCAACAUUGUGGACAGACUUCUUUAGAAAUUUAUAUAUAUAUAUCUUUAUUUCUAUCAUGUAAAUAAUACAUACAUACAUUCCCCACAAUUAACUAACUAACUAUCUAUCUAGUUAUCUAUCUUUUACACACUCACAAAAUCAUACCUCUUUUACUUUAUUAAGAAUAUUCAUACACAUAUAUCUACCUAUCCCUUUUUUAUUUUAACAAUUUGUUAAUAAAAUAUUAUUAUUAUUAUUAUUUUACUUAUUUUU